UCUUUCUUCAAACCAGCAUAUCCUACUUUCCAAUUCACUCAAUAAAAACAAAUCAAACCGUUUUGUUUCUUCUGAAAUUUCACACCUUUCCCUUCACACAUCUACCUUUACUUAGUUCCUACAUUUCAUUUGGGUUGUUGGGUUUUUCUUUUUUACUAGUUUCUUUAGGUUUUUUUUGUUAGUCAUUCGUUUUCUGGGAGAACAAUCGUUACCCAUUUGAGAAUAAGCUGAAAUGGAAAAAGGGUCGAACUCGGAUUCACUGGGAAAGUCAGAGACUUCAAAUGGAAGAGGAGGCAAGCUCGCUUCAAUGUUGCCGACGAUUGAACCUUUCGUGCCUAAAAGAGAUCAAAACCAUAACCCAAGGGAGCUAAGAUCUUGGGCUAAAAGAACCGGUUUUGUCUCUCACUUAUCUGGAGAAACUGGCACUGCUAGUUCUACUGAAAGAUUCGACAGUUCCACUGGGUUUAAUGUUGAAAGAAGUGGCCGUGAUCAUAGAGCUGGUGGGUCAUCUCCAAAAAUCGAGAUUGACCCGGUUUUGGGCCGGACUAGACCCAAUAUGGGGACCGAAAUUCAAAUGAAUUCUGGGUCCGGGUCCGGGUCGGGAUCCAAGCACGGAAGGAAGACAGUUGCAGAUGAGAAUGGGAAUAAUGGUUUGGGAGAGAAAAUUGAGGAAAGGAAAGCUGAGGUAAAUGGGGAUGGUAAUGUAAAUGCGGUGGAAAAUGGGAAUGGAGUUGCAAGCGUUACACCAGUAGGUGAAGAGAAGAAUAAGGGAAGAAAGGGUGAAAGGGAUGUGGAAAUUGGGAUGUAUCCAAGAGGUGAAGAGCAGGGUCAUGAAGGGUGGAAUGGUAAUCAUCCCGGGUUGAAGGUCGGGUUGAGAGAUAAUCCGGGUUUUGGAGCAUUAAUAUAUUAUGGCCUGCAGCACUUUUUAUCAUUGGCGGGCUCACUUAUAUUCAUUCCAUCAGUUAUGGUACCAGCCAUGGGCGGAACGGAUAAAGAUACAGCCACUAUGAUUUCCACAAUGCUGCUACUUUCUGGCAUUAGUACAAUUCUGCACUCCUACUUUGGGACCCGGCUUCCAUUAGUUCAAGGAAGUUCAUUCAUCUAUCUGGCACCAGCUCUGGUUAUCAUCAAUGCUAGGGAUCAUAGAAAUCUCUCUGAACAUAAAUUCAGGCACAUAAUGAGAGAGUUGCAAGGAGCUAUAAUUGUCGGUUCACUAUUCCAAAGUAUCUUGGGAUUCAGUGGUUUGAUGUGUCUUAUACUGAGAUUGAUUAACCCAGUUGUGGUUGCACCAACUGUUGCCGCUGUGGGUUUAGCAUUCUUUAGUUAUGGUUUUCCACAAGCUGGUAGUUGCAUAGAAGUCAGUGUUCCCUUGAUAUUGUUGGUUCUUAUAUGUACCCUGUAUCUUCAAGGAGUAUCCAUUUUCGGACACCGGUUUUUCAGAAUAUAUGCAGUUCCCCUGAGUGUUAUGCUCACAUGGAUAUAUGCGUUCUUUCUGACAGCGGGAGGAGCUUAUGAUUACAAAGAUUGCAGCCCUGACAUUCCAAGUUCAAACAUUCUACUCGACGAGUGUAAAAAACAUGCAUAUACCAUGAAGCAUUGCAGAACUGAUGUUUCGAAUGCAUGGAGAGGUGCUGCUUGGGUCAGAAUUCCGUACCCUUUACAGUGGGGUGUCCCUAUCUUCCAUUUCCGAACAUCUUUGAUUAUGAUCUUCGUGUCACUUGUUGCAUCAGUGGAUUCGGUCGGAACAUAUCAUUCUGCGUCUUUGCUAGUCAGUUCGAAGCCUCCAACUCCUGGAGUAGUGAGCAGAGGCAUUGCAUUGGAAGGUUUCUGUAGCCUGCUGGCUGGUUUUUGGGGUUCGGGUACUGGCUCAACAACUUUGAUGGAAAAUACGCAUACAAUAAACAUAACCAAGAUGGCGAGCAGAAGAGCUGUGGUAUUUGGAGCACUUUUCUUGAUCCUCUUCUCGCUUGUAGGAAAAGUUGGUGCAAUUCUCGCUUCAAUACCACUGUCCUUGGCUGCUGCAAUUUUGUGUUUCAUGUGGGCCCUUGUUGUGGCCAUAGGCCUCUCGACCUUGCAAUACACUCAAACAGCAAGUUUUAGGAACAUAACCAUAGUUGGGGUGUCUUUGUUUCUUGGUUUAUCGAUUCCUGCUUAUUUCCAACAGUACCAACCCAUGUCGAGUUUGAUGCUGCCAAGUUAUUUUGUUCCGUAUGCAGCUGCAUCUGAUGGACCGGUCCACACCGGUAGCGAACAACUUGAUUUUGCUGUAAAUGCACUCAUGUCUAUGAGCAUGGUGGUUACACUCUUGGUAGCAUUUGUACUAGACAACACUGUCCCAGGCAGCCUGCAAGAACGAGGGGUGUACAUUUGGUCGCGUCCUGAAGAUGUCGCAACUGAUCCAUCCUUGCUAUUGGAUUACUCUCUGCCUGGAAAAUUUGCCUCACUUUGUCGUUGUUCAAGAUGUUUGUAGCAAUAAUAUUUGGCAGAAGGCAACUCGAAGUUCCAUUCCGGUCGGUAAGAAAUGGUAAAUUUCUUCAUGGAAAAGGGUACUUUAUCAAUAUCGUUGAUGACCGAUGUUGAAGAUGGUUUGGGGAAGUGAGUUAGAAAUGCAUGAUAAUUCUUUUGCAACAUGAAAUUUGUACCAUAGAAUUAGUAAUAACGUGUUUGUAAGAAGGUUUCAAGUUGAAAAUAAGUUAAUAUUGUUCAAAUGAAAUGUUAUCCAUUUGAAAGUUUGGUGAAG